AUGGUUUACGGUUUAACUUCUCUGGGACAUUCUGCGAUUCGAGACUUUCUCUCCCUCCUCGCCGGCUCUUCAUCUGCAGAGACCGCCUGUGCCUCGUUGGCGCCAGACAAAAGGCAGAGAAAUCCGAACUCCCGCGACAGAAAUGCGCGAAAGAACCCAAGCUGCCAGGUGUGGCAGCCGCCCCGGGUGCACACAGGCACCGAACAGAUCCGCGUCGCGAGCGUCACCGUCAGCGGCGAAGCAAAGCAGAAAACUGAGAAGCGAAGUCGAGCAAAGAGAAGCGAGAGAGGAGCAAUUCAAGGAAACGCAGAGGAGAUUCGUCUAAACGGGGAACUAAACCUGUUUCUGCGGCGAGAAGGACAUGCUCGGAUGCGGUGUCCACGCCGCGUGCAUGCACCCUCCCCGAGAAAAAAAAAACCCUCCUCUUCCUCGUUGCAAGACAGAUUCCGGAGAAAACGAAUCGGAGAGAAGAGCGUCGCUUGUGACAAGACCAUUGAAUGCUUGCUUCGUCGCUUUCCUUCUUCUCUGCUGCAUGAUGGCACAGAAGCGAGUGGACAAGGCGGAGAUGAUUCCAAGGUCCAACGCGUGAGGACUCGUAACCUCCUCACCUUUUACAUCCGCCUUUUCGACAAAGCAGAGGCCUUCUUUCUCUCACUCUUCUUCGGCCUCCGCUCUAUCCUCAUUUUGUGUCCUCUUGACAAGCUUCAUCCAGCCUCUCGCACUCUCCCCUUUUCUUCUUUAUCUUUUUCUUUUUCUUUUCUCACCAUGCCGCCCCCGACGCGUCGUCGAGCGCAGAUCUCUUCGGAGGCCGCAGAGUCUCCUCUGCCUGCCCGCGGGUCGAGGCGCCUCGCUGAGAAGCUCGCGUCUUCUUCUCCCCGUUCUUCUUCUUCUUUUGCGCCUCCUGUGUCUGUGUCUGAGAGCUCUCCGUUGCGUCGGAGUCCCCGGAAGAAGCGCGCCACCGAAGGCACUCCGCGGCGGCCUGGAGCUGGCGGGAGGACGUCUUUGCGAGGCGAUUUGCUAAGCGAAGAUGAUGCGUCUUCUUCUUUCUCCGAGGACAGCUCUGAAGAGGAGACCAGCAGCGACAGCGCGGAUGACCUUUCGUCAGAUUCAGAGAGCGACGGCACACGAGCCCAGAAGCGCAGACGUGGAGGAGCCGCCAACGCGACGUCUGCCUCGCGCAGAAGCAAACAGACGUCUUCUUCUUCCUCUUCGUCUUCUUCGCAGAAGCGAGGGAAGCAGGCGCAGCCGGCUUCUCUGCAAGACGAAGACGACGGGUGGCUGGAAUGCGAACGAGAGCCAGAGGAACUCGUCUGCGAAGCGCCGAUUCUCGGCGGAGAGAAGACUCGGAAAUUCUUCAGGAAGAUCGUCAUCACAGAAAGGCACAAAACCGACAAAGUGGUGGACGGGAGGAAAACAGAGAUCAAGGUUCUGCAGUACGUCGAAGUCGCCGUCGCGGACAGAGACCGAGAGGCAGGACGCGACGGGAGAGACGAACAGGCAGAGUUCCGAAACAGAACAGCGCAAGUGAUGGCGAUCUUCCAGGAUUCGCCAGUGCGCGAGAAGAAGAAGAACGGCAGAGGCCGAGGCAGACAAGACGCAGAGAAGCUCAUGGUGGAGCUGCGGUGGCUGUACGACCGCGAAGACAUCGAAAACCACUGCUGGUGGAUGAACGUCACCGUCAGCGACGCAGACCUGCCGCAGGAGAGCUGGGAGCUCGCAGAUUCCGACAAAUGUGAAAUUCUCCCCGCGGAUUUGAUUGACGAAGCAGUAGUGGCGCACUACGACCGGGACUCCUUCAGCGCCUUCUUUGAGGCCGAAGAAGAGAAGGAGAAGAAGGCGGAAGAACGAAAACGCGAGAAGAAGGAGGACCCAAAGAGCGACAGAAGAGAGAAGCGAGAGAGGCGAGGCGGGGAGGAAAAGCAGGAGGCUGUGUCUGCGGAGACCGAGGAGGAAGAAGCUGUCGAAUCUGUCAUUCUUGUUACCCACUUCUUCUGCACAAAGACAAGCGCCAUUCUGCCUCUUUCGACGAUGGAUCCAGACUCCUUCUUCCAGAAACUGCUUCGGUGUAGCUGCUUCUAUCUGCGAUUCUACGACGCCUCUCACCAAGGCGGCAGCAGGAGCGAGGCCCCCCGCGCUUCACUCACUUCUGCUGGAGAGCAAGAGCAGAGCGGCAAAGAAGACACUCCGCAUCAUCAACUGGUCCAGCGCGCUGUUCGCCGCCUGCAGCUCGACAACAUUCCUGACACUCUUCCUUGCAGAACGAAGGAAUGCCUGCAGGUGCGUCAGUUCAUUCGGAGCAGCGUCCUCCAGUCUGGGAACGGCGAGGUUCUCUACGUGAGCGGCUUGCCCGGCACAGGGAAGACGGCGACUGUGCAGACGGUGGUCCGUGGGCUCCAAGACGAAGUCGAGCAAGGCAUUCUGCCGCCGUUCGACGUAGUUGAUGUGAACGCAAUGCGGCUGCCGCAUCCAGACUUUCUUUUCUCGGUCUUGCACCGUCGCUUCUUCGGGACUAAGGCAAAGAGCACUCAGCAGGCUUUCGCUGCGCUGGACCGCUACUUUACUUCUUCUCGCGUUCGAGGGGAGAAGGCGAGAGGCCGGGGCCGAGACGGCGAAGCAAGCAGUGGAGAAGACAGAGAAGACGGAGAAGAAGAGAACUACUUCACCUACUGCGACAGCAAGGGAAGGAGACGCGGCGCAAGCUCUCAAGGCGAUUGGGCGAAUCGCAUUGUGCGCCGAGGCAGAGACAGGAGACCCUGUCUGUUGAUUGUCGACGAAGUGGACUGCCUUCUGACGCAGAAGCAGCGCGUCUUGUACACUCUCUUCGACUGGCCGACGCAGCGAACUGCGCGGCUCAUCGUUGUCGGCAUCGCCAAUACGAUCGACCUCCCGGAUCGCUUUCUCUCUUCGCGAUGCGCGUCCAGAGUCGGUUUCGGACGUCUGACAUUCAAUCCGUACACCAGAGAGCAGAUCGAAGAAAUUCUCCUCGCCCGGCUCCAAGAAUGCAAAUACCUUUUCAACGAAGCGGCCAUCAAAGUCUGCGCCAGAAAAGUUGCGAACUUUUUUGGAGACCUGCGCAGGGCGCUGCAGGUGCUGCGACGCGCUCUGGAAAUGCGACAGGCUGAAGGCGUCAUUUGCCCGGCUGACAUUGCCAAGGCAGCCAACGACCUCUUCGACUCGCCAAUCAAGGACGCCAUCACCGCACUGCCAUGGGGCUUGAAACUCUUGCUGUUUUCGCUCCUUCAAGCCCAGCGCGUGGACGGCGGCGGCGUCUCUCUUCUCCAGCUCCGCGACCGCUUCCAGGGCAUCUUGAUGUCCUGGCAGUCGGGUGCUUGCAAGACAGAUGCCGAGGGCAAAGGCGCCGGCGAAGAGGCAGAAGGCGACGGUCCUCUCCGCGCGUCUCUCGCCUCGACCCAGAGCGUGACCUACGACGAACUCAAGACCAUGGUCGACGUACUUGUCCAGCUGAACGUCGUCCGCCUCGGCUUCUACCUGCCGCGUGUGGAGGCGCCUUCCGGCUCUGCGGCGGACUGUCUUCCGGAAGAGACAGCGCUUCCGAGUCUGCAGAGGAGCUCGCGACCUGGCGAAGGAGGUCGGUCGCAGACUACCUCUCCACAGAAGAGAAGAAACGCAUCGGCUGCCUAUGCUUCGCUCGGCCUCUCUCAAGGAUUUGGCCCUCUGCGCGUCGACCCAGUCGUCGACGAACUCGGCGGAGAUAUGCAAGUCGCCAUUGCAGUCCCCCUCGAGGACGUCAGCAGCGCGUUUAUGGCAGACCCCGAUUUUCGUUCUCUCCUCUGA